AGCGCGGCCGCUCCGCGCCUGCGCAGGAGAGUCGGGAGGCUCGGGUUGCGGACCGGGCGCCAGCUCCUGUCAGUCGGUGGGUCGGUCCUCCCGCCGGCCCUCCCCCUCCGCGUCCUCCGGGGGAGGCGCGGCGGAGUCCGCCCCCGGGAUCCCCCCCGAUGGGGGAGAAGCGGCGACGGCGGCAGCGGAAUAACCGAGCCGGCGCGUGAGCGGCCCCGGGGCCCGGCUGCCCGCGGAGGCCAUGGGCGACCCAGCCCCCGCCCGCAGCCUGGACGACAUCGACCUGUCCGCCCUGCGGGACCCCGCUGGAAUCUUUGAACUGGUGGAGGUUGUGGGCAAUGGAACUUACGGGCAGGUGUACAAGGGUCGGCACGUCAAGACUGGGCAGCUGGCUGCCAUCAAGGUCAUGGACGUCACGGAGGACGAGGAGGAGGAGAUCAAGCAGGAGAUCAACAUGCUAAAGAAGUACUCUCACCACCGCAACAUCGCCACCUACUACGGGGCCUUCAUAAAGAAGAGCCCCCCCGGAAACGACGACCAGCUCUGGCUGGUGAUGGAGUUCUGCGGCGCUGGCUCCGUGACAGACCUGGUGAAGAACACAAAAGGGAACGCCCUGAAGGAGGACUGUAUCGCCUACAUCUGCAGGGAGAUCCUCCGGGGCCUAGCCCAUCUCCACGCCCACAAGGUGAUCCAUCGAGACAUCAAGGGGCAGAACGUGCUGCUGACAGAGAACGCCGAGGUCAAGCUGGUGGAUUUUGGCGUGAGUGCUCAGCUGGACCGUACUGUGGGCAGGCGGAACACUUUCAUCGGAACCCCCUACUGGAUGGCCCCGGAGGUCAUCGCCUGUGACGAGAACCCUGAUGCCACCUACGAUUACAGGAGUGACAUCUGGUCUCUAGGAAUCACAGCCAUCGAGAUGGCAGAGGGAGCCCCCCCUCUGUGUGACAUGCACCCCAUGCGAGCCCUCUUCCUCAUCCCACGGAACCCACCCCCCAGACUCAAGUCCAAGAAAUGGUCUAAGAAGUUCAUCGACUUCAUCGACACGUGUCUCAUCAAAACCUACCUGAGCCGCCCACCCACGGAACAGCUGCUCAAGUUCCCCUUCAUCCGUGACCAGCCCACGGAGCGCCAGGUCCGCAUCCAGCUCAAGGACCACAUCGACCGCUCCCGCAAGAAGCGAGGCGAGAAGGAGGAGACGGAGUAUGAGUACAGUGGCAGCGAGGAGGAAGACGACAGCCAUGGAGAGGAGGGGGAGCCGAGCUCCAUCAUGAACGUGCCCGGGGAGUCCACCCUGCGCCGGGAGUUUCUCCGGCUCCAGCAGGAGAAUAAGAGCAACUCGGAGGCUCUGAAGCAGCAGCAGCAGCAGCGGCAGCAGCAGGACCCCGAGGCGCACAUCAAGCAUCUCCUGCACCAGCGCCAGCGGCGCAUCGAGGAGCAGAAGGAGGAGCGGCGGCGCGUGGAGGAGCAACAGCGGCGGGAGCGGGAGCAGCGGAAGCUGCAGGAGAAGGAGGAGCGGCGGCUGGAGGACAUGCAGGCGCUGCGGCGGGAGGAGGAGCGGCGGCAGGCGGAGCGCGAGCAGGAAUAUAUUCGUCACAGGCUAGAGGAGGAGCAGCGACAGCUCGAGAUCCUUCAGCAACAGCUGCUCCAGGAACAGGCCCUGCUGCUGGAGUACAAGCGGAAGCAGCUGGAGGAGCAGCGGCAGUCCGAGCGCCUGCAGAGGCAGCUGCAGCAGGAGCACGCCUACCUCAAGUCCCUGCAGCAGCAGCAGCAGCAGCAGGCCCCGCCCACAGACCGGAAGCCGCUGUAUCACUACGGCCGGGGCGUCGGUCCCGCGGACAAGCCCGCCUGGGCGCGCGAGGUGGAAGAGAGAGCGAGGAUGAACAAACAGCAGAACUCUCCCCUGGCCAAAACCAAGCCCGGCGGCGCAGGGCCUGAGCCCCCCGUCCCCCAGGCCUCCCCCGGGCCCGCGGGCCCCCUUUCCCAAACUCCUCCUAUGCAGAGGCCGGUGGAGCCCCAGGAGGGACCGCACAAGAGCCUGGUGGCACACCGGGUCCCACUGAAGCCAUAUGCAGCGCCCGUACCCCGAUCCCAGUCCCUGCAGGACCAGCCCACCCGAAACCUGGCUGCCUUCCCGGCCUCCCACGAGCCCGACCCUGCCGUCCCCACACCCGCUGCCGCGCCCGGCACCCGAGGAGCGGUCAUCCGCCAGAAUUCAGAUCCCACCUCGGAAGGGCCUGGCCCCAGCCCGAACCCCCCAUCCUGGGUCCGGCCGGACACUGAGACCCCACCCAAGGUGCCUCAGAGGACCUCGUCCAUCGCCACUGCCCUUAACACCAGUGGGGCCGGAGGGACCCGGCCGGCUCAGGCCGUCCGUGCCAGCGCCCCCGCCCCGCCCCCGGCACCCCUGUGCUCCCUCCACAGACCUCGCAGCAACUCCGCCUGGCAAAUCUAUCUGCAAAGGCGGGCCGAGCGGGGCUCCCCCAAGCCUCCGGGGCCCCCCGCUCAGCCCCCUGGUCCACCCAACGCCUGUAGUAACCCCGACCUCAGGAGGAGCGACCCUGGCUGGGAACGCUCGGAAGGUGCCCUCCCCUCGCACGGGCACCUGCCCCAGGCCGGCUCGCUGGAGCGGAACCGCGUGGGAGCCUCCUCCAAGCUGGAUAGCUCCCCAGUGCUCUCCCCUGGGAACAAAGCCAAGCCUGAUGACCACCGCUCCCGGCCGGGCCGGCCCGCAAGCUAUAAGCGUGCCAUCGGCGAGGACUUCGUGCUCCUGAAGGAGCGGGCCCUGGACGAGGCCCCGCGGCCUCCCAAGAAGGCCAUGGACUACUCGUCUUCCAGCGAGGAGGUGGAGAGCAGCGAGGACGAGGAAGAAAGCAAUGGCGAGCCAUCAGAGGGGAGCAGAGAUACCCCUGGGGCCCGCGACGGAGACACAGACAGCAUCAGCACCAUGGUGGUCCAUGACGUGGAGGAGAUCGCGGGGACCCAGACCCCCUAUGGGGGCGGCACCAUGGUGGUCCAGCGCACUCCUGAAGAGGAACGCAGCCUGCUGCACGCGGACAGCAACGGCUACACCAACCUGCCCGAUGUGGUCCAGCCCAGCCACUCGCCCACCGAGAGCGGCAAAGGUCAAAGCCCCCCAUCCAAGGAGGGAGGCAGCGACUACCAGUCUCGUGGGCUGGUAAAGGCCCCUGGCAAGAGCUCGUUCACGAUGUUUGUGGACCUAGGGAUCUACCAGCCCGGAGGCAGUGGGGAUACCAUCCCCAUCACAGCCCUGGUCGGGGGAGAGGGCGGUCGGCUUGAUCAGCUCCAGUACGACGUGCGGAAAGGCUCCGUGGUCAACGUGAACCCCACCAACACCCGGGCCCACAGCGAGACCCCCGAGAUCCGGAAAUACAAGAAGCGAUUCAAUUCCGAGAUCCUCUGUGCGGCCCUUUGGGGCGUCAACCUGCUGGUGGGCACCGAGAACGGUCUGAUGCUGCUGGACCGAAGCGGGCAGGGCAAGGUGUACGGGCUCAUCGGGCGGCGGCGCUUCCAGCAAAUGGACGUGCUGGAGGGGCUCAACCUGCUCAUCACCAUCUCAGGGAAAAGGAACAAGCUGCGGGUGUAUUACCUGUCUUGGCUCCGGAACAAGAUUCUGCACAACGAUCCGGAAGUGGAGAAGAAGCAGGGCUGGACCACUGUGGGCGACAUGGAGGGCUGCGGGCACUACCGCGUGGUGAAAUACGAGCGCAUUAAGUUCCUGGUCAUCGCCCUGAAGAGCUCCGUGGAGGUGUAUGCCUGGGCCCCCAAGCCCUACCACAAGUUCAUGGCCUUCAAGUCCUUCGCCGACCUCCCUCACCGCCCUCUGCUGGUCGACCUGACCGUGGAGGAGGGUCAGCGGCUCAAGGUCAUCUACGGUUCCAGUGCCGGUUUCCACGCUGUGGAUGUCGACUCGGGGAACAGCUACGACAUCUACAUCCCCGUGCAUAUCCAGAGCCAGAUCACGCCCCACGCCAUCAUCUUCCUCCCCAACACGGACGGCAUGGAGAUGCUGCUGUGCUACGAGGACGAGGGCGUGUACGUGAACACGUACGGGCGCAUCAUCAAAGACGUGGUGCUGCAGUGGGGAGAGAUGCCCACCUCUGUGGCCUACAUCUGCUCCAACCAGAUCAUGGGCUGGGGCGAGAAGGCCAUUGAGAUCCGCUCUGUGGAGACGGGCCACCUGGACGGCGUCUUCAUGCACAAACGAGCCCAGAGGCUUAAGUUCCUGUGUGAGCGGAACGACAAGGUGUUCUUUGCCUCUGUCCGCUCCGGGGGCAGCAGCCAGGUUUACUUCAUGACCCUGAAUCGGAACUGCAUCAUGAACUGGUGACGGGGCCCGGGCUGGGGCUGCCCCAGUGGACCCAGCUCUCCCCACUACAGCCAGACUCCCCAGGCCGCCCUUCUUUCCCCUCCCUGGGCUUUUGCUUUUUACUGGUUUGAUUCACUGGAGCCUGCUGGGAACGUGACCUCUGACCCCUGAUGCUUUUGUGAUCACGUGACCAUCCUCUUUCCCCAUAGGUUCUCCCCCCAAAACCUGUGCCUGUCCCAGCUUCUGGGGAGAGGCACAGCUUCCCCUCACCAGGAAUUGAGUGGGCCUAGCCCCACCCCCUUUUCUCCAUUUCAGAGGAGGGGGGGGGGGGGCUCAGGCCCGGUCCCCCACUGCUGCUGACUGGGCAGGGCCCUGGGCCCCUUCAUUUGCACGUCAGGGGAGCCGGCUCCCCCCUUGAAUGUACCAGACCCUGGGGGGGGUCGCUGGGCCCUAGGUUUUGGGGGGGGGGGGUCACCAGCCACUCCAGGGGCAGGGACCAUUUCCUCAUUUUCUGAAAGCACUUUAAUGAUUCCCCUCCCCCCAAACCCCAGGGAAUGGAGGGGGGACCCCGCCAGCCAAAACAUUUCCCCCUUUCCGA